AUGAACUCGAAACAGCACUGCAACAGAUGCACGAAGCAGGUGUAUCCGACCGAUAAAGUCGGUCCGCUCAAGGAUGCCACGUUUUUUCAUCAAGGUUAGUUGAGCGGCGAAAUUAAUAGAAAUUUUCACUACUUUAUUAUCACGUUACCGUAUUUCAGGCUGCUUCAAAUGCUACAUCUGUGGCACGAGACUAGCUCUCAAGACCUACUGCAACAACCGAAAUGACAUCAACGACAAAGAAGUGUACUGCUCGAACCACGUGCCGAUCGCCGGACCUCACGACCUCCCACUGGCUUCUGCCAAUGGAUCGGGCAAACAUUUGGAGAACAAUAAUCACGUAAAGAAUGGAAAUUGGAUGUAAGCCGCUCUAAAUUUAGCAUACACUUCACAUGUUUGCUUUUUGACUUUUUCCAGUGACGCCGGUCUCAGUGACAUGAAAAUAGCGCAUGCGAUGAAAGCGACUCAAGUGGCCAGACCGUACCCGAAGAUCAGUCAUGAGGGAGCCAAGUACGUGGUGGAUUACGAUACUCAGACAAGAUUGGAGUUGCUGCAUCGGAAGGACGAGGACGAUUUGUACGAGUCGUUCCAGGAUAAACGCGUCAAAGAGGCAGAGCAGUUCGAGAAGGAAAACACGGAAGAGUGGGAGAAAGCGUUGGCAGAGUUUGCGAAAAAGUACGAGAAGGGGCAGGCGAACAUGAAAAAGGACGAUCUCAUCCGACAGUUGACCAUCAAGAGGGAGAAGAAGUUGGAGACGUUACACACUAAACGGAAGGUACGGUCGCGCCGAAAUAAAGUUUCUGUUAAGUGGCAUGACAUUCUGAAAAAUACACCUGACACGUGAAUUAUUGAAUAUUCGUGGAACUUUUUAUACAAUACUGAUACCCAUAUCACCCAUUGACCAAAAUUUAUAACGACAUCUGAGUUAAAAAGCUCAUUUCGCCCACCACGGUUGGAGUCGGGCCGAGUGUGUUUUCGUCAUUUGCCGUGCCCGUCGCGGCGUGCGUCAAUCAGGCCUUGCAACCCUCCAGCCGACGCCUCGCGGGUUCCGCUGCCGGCUAUACUUUGCGAGUAGGAAAGCCCCGCCCACAGUGCGAGACAUUAGAGAAGGCAUAACUCUUUUCAAAAUAAUGCUACAGAAUCCAGAUAAGGCUCAUAAAAAUUGGAAUCGGCUGGAGAAUAUAGUGAACUUGAUCAUUUGGGAUAUAUUCACAAAUUUUCAGGAAAGAGAACGUCAUCAGACCGCCGAGUUGGUAGACCGUCAAGCCAAAGAGAUGCUGGAGCUUUUCAAAGCUUCUCGGUCAGAGUACAGCAAUCUAGAGUACCCAUCGACACCUCCACCACCGGUGCCACCGUCUUGCAGCAAGCGGGAAAUCUACACAACGACGGAUUACUUUUCAGUGAGCAUACAACAGAGUUUUUAAACAUUUUUGAACUAUCCUUCCAGUCAAUUGACGAAGUGGCAAUUCACUGUGCUCGUAACGAAGUGGCUUCUUUCACCGAUCUCAUCCGAACGCUUUCCUCUGGCGCUAGGUCGGAUGUUGACGUGGCAAGAGCCAUUUAUCGUUGGAUCACGAUCAAGAAUCUGAAUACGAUGGUGUUCGACGAUUCGGUUCAGAACGACACUCCGAUGGGAUUGUUGAGAGGAAUCAAGUACGGAACUGAGAGUUAUCACGUACUGUUCAAACGACUGUGCAGGUUGAGAUAUUUCAUUUACUCGCGUUUUUUUCCAAUUUCACCUGUUCAGUUACGCCGGUCUUCACUGCGUCGUCAUCAAAGGAUUCUCCAAGUCCGCCGGCUAUCAACCCGGAUAUUCAUUCGAUGAUCACCGCUUCCGAAACACGUGGAACGCCGUCUUUUUGGAUGGAUCCUGGAGAUUUGUGCAGUGUAAUUGGGGAGCCAGGCAUUUAGUGUAAGUCCGUUAAUAUAGAUUUUGAUUUUACUUCUGUUUCCACGCCCAAAACACUCACUACAAACAAUUUCUUAUUUCAGAAACGCCAAAGACGGAUCACAUGAAGCGAAGACCGAUGGAAACCUCCGUUAUGAAUACGAUGAUCACUAUUUCAUGACAGAUCCGGAAGAGUUCAUCUACGAAUUCUUCCCCUCGGAUCCCGCGUGGCAACUUUUGCCCCGUCCUCUCUCACUAUUACAGUUUGAACGCAUUCCAUUCGUCCGAUCUCUUUUCUUCAAAUACAACCUUUCGUUUAUUGAUAACAAGCUCGAGUCGACUGUUUAUGUAAGUGCCUUAGAAGUGAAAAGUUGACUAUGAUCUGUGUGCAGACCGACAAAACUGGAGCCGCCUCGAUUUCAAUUCGAUUGCCUCCGAAAGGAGACUCUCUGAUUUUCCAUUAUAAUCUGAAGUUCUUCGAUUCCGAAGAGAAUACGAUCAGUGGGAUGUCACUGAAACGAUUUGUUAUGCAGUCAGUUACCGAAGACGUGAGUAACCGGAAUUAAAGAUCUUCCCUUCAUCCUUCAGUUUCAGAUUGUGACUUUCCGAGUUCAUGCUCCAUCAACCCGUCCACUUCUUCUAGACAUUUUUGCAAAUUCGGUCUCUUCUGGAGCUUAUCUAACAGGCCAACCGAUCAAAUUCAAGAGUGUUUGCAAGUUUAAGGUACUAUCAGCUCAUGAAAAUAUUACUCUAAAAGUUUAUCUCAGGUCGUUUGCGAAUCGCUUCAAGUCAUCAUGGUCCCACUGCCGGAAUGUGCUUCGGGAGAGUGGGGACCGGCUAAAGCGACCCGAUUGUUCGGACUUCUGCCUGUUUCUCAUCCCGACGCAAUCAUAAACACUGGAAGAUACGUGGAAAUUCGAUUUAGAAUGACACGUCCACUUUCUGAGUUCGUCGCCUCGCUACACAGAAACCGAACGGACGAUAGAAUUCUUCAAGCAUCUACCCGGUCGAUGUUGAAGGGAGACAUGGUAAAUUUAAGUCGUGAACUACUGCCAGAACGAUCAAUUUAAGGUUUACAUCCAAGUUGAUUUUCCCGGAGAAGGGCAGUACGGUCUCGACAUCUACACACGCCAAGAUGACCAAUUAGUUAACGGGAAGCAACUGUUGACCCAUUGCUGCAAGUAUCUCAUUCAUUCGAGGAACUGCUAA